ACUCUUCCUUCCUUCCUUCCUCAUUUCCUUCUUUCUUUCUUCUUCUUCUUUGUAUCUUUUCCUGUUUCUACUUUGGGUUUUUAAAAGAUGGGUGAGGCUGUGGAGUUCUUCCAUACCAAUGGGUUCACAAAGAAUUGUGUUAAUCAAACACUGAUCAAUGAUAUUCAUAAUAACGACUGCUGGUAUGAAGAAUUGAUUGACGUUGAUCUCAAAUGGUCCUUUGCUUUGAAUAGGAUAUUGUACAAAGGAACGAGCGAGUACCAGGACAUAGCUCUACUUGACACCAAGCGUUUUGGGAAGGUUUUGGUGAUUGAUGGGAAGAUGCAGAGUGCAGAGGUGGAUGAGUUUAUUUAUCAUGAAUGCUUGAUUCAUCCUGCUCUUUUAUGUCACCCUAAUCCCAAGACCAUAUUUAUAAUGGGUGGGGGCGAGGGGUCCGCUGCAAGGGAAGCACUCAAGCACAAAUCAACGGAGAAAGUGGUUAUGUGUGAUAUCGACCAGGAGGUAGUAGAUUUCUGUCGUAGAUAUUUGACUGUAAAUGGGGAUACCUUUCGCCACAAGAAGCUUGAUCUUGUCAUUAAUGAUGCGAAGGCUGAAUUAGAGGAGAGCAACGAGAAAUUCGAUGUCAUAGUUGGAGAUUUGGCGGAUCCAGUUGAAGGAGGGCCUUGCUAUCAGCUCUAUACAAAAUCAUUCUACGAGAAAAUUCUCAAACCCAAGCUCAAUGGCAAUGGUAUCUUUGUGACCCAGGCUGGACCAGCAGGCAUUUUCACCCACAAGGAGGUCUUCACCUCUAUAUACAAUACCAUCAAGCAGGUCUUCAAGUAUGUUAUGGCAUACACAGCUCACGUGCCAUCUUUUGCAGAUACAUGGGGAUGGGUAAUGGCCUCAGAUCAACCAUUCUCUGUUAAUGCUACCGAUUUUGAUAGAAGGAUCGACGCAAGAAUUGAUGGCGAAUUACUCUAUUUGAAUGGUGCUUCCUUCUUCUCCUCUACCACCAUGAAUAAGACUCUUGCUUCAUCGUUGUUGAAUGAAACUCAUAUCUACACUGAAGAAAGUGCAAGAUUCAUUCAUGGGCAUGGGCUCGCUUACCGCCAUUAUUGUCAGAAGCAAGAGAGUGGAGGGAAUCAUUAUGAUGAAGAGGAAAGCGAUUGAAAAAAUAUUGCAGUAGAUAUCAGCUCCAUUUGGCUAUUUUACAGAAGUCAAAGUGAAAAGUUAGGAUAGAAUGUUUGAUCUGAUAUGAAUGAAUAUUAGGCAUUCUGUUACAAUCCUAACCCAGCUUAUUGAUUUAAGUUUUAUUUCAUCUAGGAGUCAGUUGGUUAGAUAUAGUUAAAUAUUGGGUUUUAUUAAAAUUCAAAUGUUGGUUACAUGUUAGGAUUUUGAGUUAGUAUUGGAAUAUGAAUAGGAAUUUCAAAUUUAUUGGAACUAUAGUUGGUCUAUUAAUAUAA